CAGUAAGGGCAAGAUGACAGUGCUCCAGCGAUCGGGUCCAAUGUCCAGUUCAUCCUCUCUCUCCUCUUCAGGAACUCCACCUAGUGGUGGGGAUCAUGACUUAUUCUCGUCUGCAACUUUAGCCAUAAAGCGGUUUCAUUUCAAGUCCGCUGGCGGAAGUCGUGCAAACAAGAAACACCAACCGUCACAGCAACCAGUUCCCAAAGUAGUGAUAAUGGGUAGCAGCACCACAUCAACUUCUUCCAACAACACCAUCAACACCAGCACGGACUCCGCCAACACCGUAGCUACAAUGAUAACCGUGACGGACGGCGACACGGACACCGAAACAGAAAAGCGACCAAUCAACCAAAUGGAGGCUAUUCUCGGGACUUCCUUAUCGCUAGAGAAAGAUGACGAUUUCUUCAGCGGAUCAAGCACAGACGAUUCGAACCCUGUUCCUCCACCACCAACGCCACUUUUGGGGGCGGUUUCGAAAGAACAGCAUUUCAUUUUUGUUAGGACCGAAGUUGAUGACGAAGAGCAUACCGGACACAUGGACGAGGACACAAAGAAGAUAUCCUUGCUGAAAUCAUCUAUUCACAGUAACAGGAACAUUAUAGACGGCUCCUCCACGACGACAAGAACUAAGUCACCUCGGUCUAGUCGCCGCCGCCAUCACAGACAAAAAGCCGACGGAAGAAACAAAAACAGCAACAACGUAACGGGCCAUCCUCCGCCUCCGGACCUUCGUGUCGACUUUUUCUCUGAACGUUUUUCACAGUCUAGUUUCACUAGUACCGAUCAAGGACGUCCGUUCGACGAUAAAAUACGUCAGCACAGCGUCGUGGCGGAUACCACAACACCAGACAAAGGAAGAGGCGCCACCGGUACCGUAGUCUUAGCGUCGUCAUCGACUUCUUCAACCACCACUACGGUUCUUGUGAAAAAGGCGGGAGUCCUACAAGGAACCGCUAUCCCAGGAGCCUGUGGAGGAGGGGUGUUGGAAAAGAGUGCUACGUCAUCAGGCGUCACGGCUAACGUAGGAGCGGGAACCAGUAUAAAUAUCCCAGCUUCACCGCCAAAAGUGAACACAACUACAAAUCCGCUUGGGAUAGCGGGAGCGACAGCGUUGCCUACAAGACAUUCUGCAGCAACCACGAUCGUGGUUCAACAGCCAUCUGUGACGGGGGGUAGUCCGACAAUAGCAACCGUGCUGCUGAAGAAUUGCAGUGCCAGUGCCGGUAGUGGUGGUGGUAGUGGUGGUGUUCUAAGUGGUGCCGCUGCAACAGCAGCGCAAACAAGCGGGGACUCGACCAAGGCGUUGUCAGUUACCAAGCAACAGCGGGAGGAAAACAUGAAGCAACUACUGGACGUGGCCAACACGCUCACCCUUCAGGAGCUCCACGACUUCGAGAUGAGAUACGGCAGUCCUCACCACAGCCGUUCGCAGUCUGUAAAAACACCAGGCAGCCGCUCCAACAGCGGGCGACCCAACUUCUUAUGUCUGCCACAGCAGAGGUCGCGAGUUGCUAGCAUGCCCAACACGGGCGUGGAAGAGGAGUACUACCGACUCAGACACUUCAGUAUCACUGGAAAGGGAGUCGUGAACCGCGGGGAUUCCCUCAAGAGCAGACGUUCCAGGAGCAACAACAGCGUCACUUCCAGUAACUCCAGCCACAGACUUGCCAACCGAACUGGAGAUGAAAGCACGGAGCACCUAACAGCUGGAGGCGGAGUAGGGAUCACCGGGGGAGGCAGUUCUUACCCCGGUUCAGCCAGAACCAGUGCCACAGCAUCUUUGGCUUCCUCGAGAGAAUCCAGCACCAGUAACCCUGGACCGACAGGCUACAGAGUAGUGAUGUUGGGGUCAGCAGGUGUAGGGAAGUCUUCUCUCAUCAACCAGUUCAUGACGUCAGAGUACCUGCAUGCCUACGACACUUCUCUGGAUGACGAGUUCGGGGAGAAGUCUGUCUGCGUGUUGCUGGAUGGCGAGGAAUCCGAGCUCACUUUUGUAGACCACCCUUCCUCCGAGAUGUCGCCAGAGAACUGCAUUUCCUCGUACGAACCGCACGCCUACUGUGUCGUGUACUCAACGGUGGACAGAGCCAGCCUCCGCUGUGCCGAAGAGACCUUGCAGUUCCUGUGGAAGAGCGACACUGUGUCUUCCAAGGCUGUUAUCCUAGUGGGAAACAAGACAGACCUCGUUAGGAGUAGGACGGUAACCACUGAAGAAGGGAAGAACAUGGCGACAUCGUACGAUUGCAAGUUUAUCGAGACCUCUGUGGGCAUCAACCACAAUGUGGACGAGCUUCUUGUGGGCAUCCUCACACAAAUCCGCCUUAAACUGGAAAAUCCGGAGCGAGCGAGGGACCUGUUCAGGAAGAGGAGUUGUUCCCGCAAGAAGAACAGGAACAAGUCCCCCUUGGGCGGAACUGGGGCCCACAAACCAUACCGGGGCUCCAGAACAUCCACCAGCCUCAAGGUGAAAGGUCUCCUUGGGAAAGUUUGGGCGCGGGAUUCAAAAUCGAAGUCAUGUGAAAAUUUACAUGUUCUCUAAAGUAAAACUUUCGAAAAGGAAAGGACAGAUUUUUAUAUUGUUUAUAUCGCAAAAAAUAGUUAGUAAAUAAAAAUUAGUUAAAAUUAGACUGCUUAGGUAUAAGCCCAUUUAUAAUUGGUCAGCACAAAUAAAUAAGAUGAAUAAGAGCAAAACUUGCUGCUAGCAAUGGCGAAACUCACAGUGAAUUUCCAAGAAAAAUUUUCCUGUACGUCACGUUAGAGUUUAACCGCCUGUCAUGUAAAAUGCAAUAGACGAACUGUAGUGACAGGUAGCAGGUCCACCUCUUUUCCAAAACCGCAUUAACUCAGUGAUUCCAUUUUUAAGUUUCAAAGAAAGCAAUAAGUGUGAGAUCAUAUUAUUUUAACGAAAACGAUUUUAACGUGUGCACUAUGAUUAAAAGUGGUAGGAUUUAUUACAAGUUUCCUAAUACUGGUACACUUUCCGUUUGUAGCACUCCAGGGUCCUGGACAUAUAUUUAUUCAUAAUUCGGAAUUUCUUUACAAGAAUCAUUUCAUUUUGUAUACAUUAUGUUGAAAUUUGAGUGUCAUUUACUCUGCAGUUUGUUAAGUUUCAGUAUGGCAAAAAAGUCAUUGAAAGGCCUUCACAUCCACUGUGGUGAUAGAAAGAAAAAAUGCAUUUAUCAAAUGUAAUAUUUGUAUUAACACGUUGGGCGCAGUUUGUAACGCAAGUGUCUUACGGCGAGUACCGCUCUCUUCAACAUAGUACUCUAGCUUAGACAUUUCUGAAUUUCUGCACCACCCGCUAUACGGAAGGGCCUUAAAUGAGGCGCAUGAACCACUGGCACAUAUUGAAGUCUUGUAGGGUGUUGUUUUUUAAUUUUUAAACUUCAUUCUACACAUAUAACGAUGGUCGUUAUAAAUGGGUUACAAGAUUGAAAAUACAAGAGUUCUUGAUCAAACGUGCUUCAGCAUGUUAUGAUAAUGUACGAGUAUUUAUAUGUUUAAACUAUAAAUACAUAUAUUAUAG